AUGCCCGCUGUUGUUAAAGACACACCAACGUCUCCAACUUCCAAAGUCUGUGACUUGAAAGCUCAAUUGAAUAACGAGAUUUCCUCGUUAAACAAGCAACAAGACAAACCAGCUUCUUCUUCUUCUGCUGAAAGGCCAAAAUCAUCUCAUGAUUAUGAACAUUUGACUAAUGUAGGUAUUGUUCCUCAGAAACCUGUCUUGGAUAGACUUCAACCAAGUUUGGUCAACCAUUACAAUCCUCAUGUUCAAGAUUUCAAUGAAUACAAGAGAUUGUAUGCACAAUCCAUUAACAAUCCAAGAGAAUUCUUUGGUACAAGAGCCAAACAAUUUUUGAAUUGGUCAAAACCAUUUGAUGAAGUUUAUAUGCCAGAUCCAAAGACUGAUUUGCCAUCUUUUGAAAAUAAUUCUUGGUUCUUAAACGGUCAAAUCAAUGCUUGUUAUAAUUGUGUCGAUAGACAUGCAUUAGAAACACCAGAUAAAGUAGCCAUCAUUUACGAAGCUGAUGAACCAGGUCAAGGUUAUAGUUUAACUUAUAAAGAAUUAUUGGAACAAGUCUGUAAAUUGGCUCAAGUUUUGAAAAUUUCCAUGGGUGUACAAAAGGGUGAUACUGUUGCUGUUUAUAUGCCUAUGAUUCCACAAGCUUUGAUUACCUUAUUGGCCAUUACAAGAAUUGGUGCUGUCCAUUCUGUUGUUUUUGCUGGGUUUUCUUCUAACUCUUUAAGAGAUAGAAUUAACGAUGCUAAUUCUAAAGUAGUCAUUACUGCUGAUGAAUCCUUAAGAGGUAGUAAGAUCAUUGAAACUAAAAAAAUCGUCGACGAUGCUUUGAAGGAAACUCCAAACGUGAGAAACGUUUUAGUCUAUAAGCGUACCAAUAAUCCAAAAGUUUCUUAUCAAAAUGGUAGAGAUUUGAUUUGGAGUGAAGAAAUGAAAAAAUACAAGACUUAUUGUCCAUGUGAACCUGUCGAUUCAGAACAUCCAUUGUUUUUAUUAUAUACUUCUGGUUCCACUGGUGCUCCAAAAGGUGUUCAACAUUCCACCGCUGGUUAUUUAUUAGGUGCCUCUUUGACUAUGCGUUACACUUUUGACACUCAUAGAGAAGAUGUUUUCUUUACUGCAGGUGAUAUUGGUUGGAUUACUGGUCAUACUUAUGUCGUUUAUGGUCCAUUGUUAUACGGUUGUACUACUGUCGUCUUCGAAGGUACUCCAGCUUAUCCAAAUUUCUCCAGAUAUUGGGAUAUUGUUGAUACUCAUAAGGUCACUCAAUUUUAUGUAGCUCCAACUGCUUUACGUCUAUUAAAGAGAGCCGGAACUUCUUAUAUCGAUGGGUAUUCUUUGAAAUCUUUGAGAUGUUUAGGUUCUGUCGGUGAACCAAUUGCUGCUGAAGUUUGGGAAUGGUAUUCUGAAAAUAUUGGUAAGAAUGAAAUUCCUAUUGUCGAUACUUAUUGGCAAACUGAAUCUGGUUCUCACUUAGUCACUCCAUUGGCAGGUGGUGUCACUCCAAUGAAACCAGGUUCUGCAUCUUAUCCAUUCUUCGGUAUUGACGCUGUUAUUUUAGAUCCAACUACUGGUCAAGAAAUCAAUGAAAACCAUGCUGAAGGUGUUCUAGCGGUAAAACAAGCUUGGCCUUCAUUUGCAAGAACCAUUUGGAAAAACCAUGAUAGAUACUUAGAUACCUAUUUGAAUCCUUACAAAGGUUAUUACUUCACAGGUGAUGGUGCUGCCAGAGAUAAGGAUGGUUACAUUUGGAUCUUGGGUCGUGUCGAUGAUGUUGUUAAUGUUUCAGGUCACAGAUUAUCUACUGCUGAAAUUGAAGCUGCCAUCAUUCAAGAUUCCUUAGUGGCUGAAUGUGCUGUUGUUGGAUUUAAUGAUGAUUUAACUGGUCAAGCUGUUGCUGCAUUUGUUGUUUUGAAAAAUAAAGAAAAUUGGUCUUCUGCAAGUGAUUCAGAAUUAUUAGACAUUAAGAAGCAUUUGAUUUUAACUGUUCGUAAAGAUAUUGGUCCAUUUGCUGCUCCAAAAUUAAUCGUCUUGGUAGAUGAUUUGCCAAAGACAAGAUCUGGUAAGAUUAUGAGACGUAUCUUAAGAAAGAUUUUGGCCGGUGAAUCCGAUCAAUUAGGUGAUAUUUCCACUUUAUCUAACCCAGGUGUAGUAAAGCAUUUGAUCGAAUCUGUCAAAUUAUAA